AUGCAAUUACCAUUGAGGAUCUGGAGAAAUAUCGGCAGGAAAACAAUCUCAGCGAGGACUUCAUUCACCAAUGGCAGAAACUCUUCGAUCCAAAUAAUACCGGUGUCAUAA